AUGCUCAAGCGACAGCUCCAUUCCGCCAGCAAACGGUCGGCCACCCGUUUUUCCGACGCACUCAACAAGGGCCCCUCGUUCGAUGACUUUCUGACCGGACGAGCAGGAAAGGCAGCAGCCGUUGAUCCUGUCCUGGCAGCAUCGUCAGACGGAAAACGACUGCCCAAGUGGCUCAAGACAGAAAUUCCCAAGGGAAAGAACCUGCACAACAUCCGGGAGGACCUGCGAGGUCUGGGUCUGCACACUGUGUGUGAGGAGGCCCGAUGUCCUAACAUUGGAGAGUGUUGGGGUGGAUCGGACAAGAGCAAGGCCACAGCCACCAUCAUGCUCAUGGGAGACACGUGCACUCGAGGCUGUCGAUUCUGCUCCGUCAAGACAAACCGAAACCCCGGCCCUCUGGACCCCAACGAGCCCGAAAACACCGCCGUGGCCAUCUCCAAGUGGGGUCUGGGCUAUGUGGUGCUCACUACUGUGGACAGAGACGACUUGUCCGAUGGAGGAUCGUGGCAUUUUGCAGACACCGUCAAACGAAUCAAGGAGAAGGCGCCCCACAUUCUGGUCGAGACGCUAUCUGGAGACUUCCGAGGCAAUCUGGACCACGUUACUACUCUCGCCGAGUCUGGACUCGAUGUCUUUGCCCACAACAUGGAGACCGUCGAGGCUCUGACCCCCUUUGUGCGAGACCGAAGAGCCACGUUCCAGCAGUCGUUAUCCGUGCUCAGACAGGCCAAGGUGGCCGUGCCCGACCUCAUCACAAAGACAUCUAUCAUGCUGGGUUUCGGAGAGACCGACGAACAGGUCGAAGACACUCUUAUGCAGUUGCGGGGCGUGGGUGUCGACAUUGUCACCUUUGGACAGUACAUGCGGCCCACAAUCCGACAUCUGAAGGUGGCUGAAUACGUGACACCCGAGAAGUUUGACUACUGGCAGAAGCGGGCCAUGGAUAUGGGUUUCCUUUACUGUGCAUCCGGACCUCUAGUGCGAUCUUCGUACAAGGCCGGCGAGGUGUUCAUUGAAAACGUGUUGAAGAAGCGAAAUGCCGCCAAGGCUGUCUAA